AUGCGGCCAUCGCCAUCUAGCCAUUGCCAUCCGCCCAUUGCCAUCCGGCCAUUGCCAUCCGGCCAUUGCCAUCCGGCCAUUGCCAUCCAGCCAUCACAAUGCGGCCAUCGCCAUCUAGCCAUUGCCAUCCGCCCAUUGCCAUCCGGCCAUUGCCAUCCGGCCAUUGCCAUCCGGCCAUUGCCAUCCGGCCAUUGCCAUCCGGCCAUUGCCAUCCGGCCAUUGCCAUCCGGCCAUUGCCAUCCGGCCAUUACCAUCCAGCCAUUGCCAUCCAGCCAUUGCCAUCCAGCCAUUGCCAUCCGGCCAUUGCCAUCCGGCCAUUGCCAUCCAGCCAUCACAAUGCGGCCAUCGCCAUCUAGCCAUUGCCAUCCGCCCAUUGCCAUCCGGCCAUUGCCAUCCGGCCAUUGCCAUCCGGCCAUUGCCAUCCGGCCAUUACCAUCCAGCCAUUGCCAUCCAGCCAUUGCCAUCCAGCCAUUGCCAUCCGGCCAUUGCCAUCCGGCCAUUGCCAUCCAGCCAUCACAAUGCGGCCAUCGCCAUCUAGCCAUUGCCAUCCGCCCAUUGCCAUCCGCCCAUUGCCAUCCGGCCAUUGCCAUCCGGCCAUUGCCAUCCGGCCAUUGCCAUCCGGCCAUUGCCAUCCGGCCAUUGCCAUCCGGCCAUUGCCAUCCGCCCAUUGCCAUCUGGCCAUUGCUAUCCGGCCAUCACAAUGCGGCCAUCGCCAUCUAG